AUGGCGACUGGAUUUUCGGCAACACCGCGGAAAGAAGGGACAUGGACGAAAUUGGUUAUAUUCGCUGCUAUCUAUUGCCUGAUUCUGGAAUCAGUCCUUCAGAUGGCGCUGGUGCUAUAUCUUUAUGGUAACGCGACAGUUGACUCGAAGAUGACUACAAGCCUGAUCUUGGCUUUGGUAUCGUCUAUUCUUUCGAUUCCAUUGAUCUCACUUCAGAGCCUGGUCGCCUGGCAGUACAACAAUAUUGGAGGAUUCGGAGAGCAGAAAACCGUUUUGCAUAACGUGUGCACCUAUGUACUCAGAAUCGAUCUCAUGAUGUGGCUAGCAACCAGUGUCUCUGGUCUGGUGGUCGCCGCUCAGCAAGUGUACUGUCUACCUGAAGGAACACACGACACAUUCUGGCGGGUCGGUGCCAGCUGCGCGUUUCAUCGAGCUACCGUUAUUGUGUCUGUCGUGUCACUAGUCACUGUGUGCACUAUGUACUGCGCGAGGGAACUUUGUGAUCGACCAUAUGAUGUGUCUAUCAUUGGAAUCUACCGACGACAAAUGACAGUGAAAAACGGCAGCAUCAUCUCUGGUAACAGCUGGGAUAGUGACGAGACUCUCAGAAAUGAGAUCUUGAAUCUUUGUCGUCAACACGAUGGAAAAGCCGGUGGAGAGCCAUGGUCUGUGGAUCCGCUGGCCAACAAAGUCAGAUGUCAUCCCAGUAUCAGACACCCUGCUCCUGUUCGUCUGCGACCACAACUCCGAGUCAACACUGACCCGGGCUCAGAAUACGGCGAAAUCACAUCCGGAACCACGAUCUCGCCAGAUGAUACCUUGCCUGGUGCAUCACCGGGUGCUCAGACACUGACAAGUGAUUUCUUUCCUAUAUCGCGAACAUCGACUGUCAUGACUUCCCAAACCACAGGCGAAUCCCGAAAUCUGCUUUCAGGCUUUCUUGCUCCCAGGGUUCCAGCUAUCCCCAAACAGUAUACGAACCACAAACGGGGAAAGUCGUCUUUGUCAUCCUUGAAACGCUUCUUCCCCAAGACAUUCAAUAUAUCGCUUCCCUUAUCCUCGGAUCCCCAGAUUCGCGCCUUAGCAGACCCCAAUGCUGCCUCAGACGUCGAGAAACAAGUCGUGGAACCUUCAAUGAACAGCGGACCUCCAGAGCUCCCGCAACUGUCAUCUCCAUACAGCGAAGCCAAAUCCCCAGUAAACAGCACCAAUGAAUCGACACCCAUAAGACCCGAAGGUCACGUCCGAACGAUGACAAUGAACUCCGCCGAUGCCCCGGAAGUCGUGGUGCAAAAGCCCGAGCCCGUCAAGGUCCGCCGCUCCCAAACAGCAGCAGCAGGCUUCGCACCUACCCAAAUCUCCAUCCAUCAUCCACACCACCCAAACUACAUUCCCGCCCAAAGAAUGCCAUCAUCCAAAUCCAACCCCCAGAAGUACUCCGCAUCAUGCAGACAAAAUGCCGCCAUGCACCCUCUCCACGUCGCACCCAUUAGACGCACCAAAUCCCGCCAGACAAAUCCUCUGCCUCAUCCCGUCCGCAGCACAACCUACCAAUUCGACCAUCCUAUUCCCCGCCACACUCAGAGCCAGUAUCAUCCACAAUACAUCGCUCCUCCAGCUCGCUGGGCGAGUCUUCAUGCCUUUGAUCCCAACCAUGUCAUGGGUGUCCCGCGCAGGAAUGAUGUCGAGGUUAUUUACCCUAGUACUCGGAGGUCGCGCAGUAAUACACUUGGAGGACCGAGUGGGCCUUUGAGUUGUAUUCUCGAGACAAGCUCUACGCCGCGUGCUUCGGUCGAUGACAUGCGGAGGGUUGCUAGUGCUGGGACGCCUGAGACGCGCAAUGUCAUAGAUGGGAUGACUUAUCGCGGUGCUAAUAGGACUAGUUUGAGUUUUUACUAG